AUGUCGAAUAUAUCGGAAAGGCCAUGGACCGAAGAGGAGAGGUACGCUCUACUUACUGAGAUUCUCAAGAAGGCAGGAGUCCCUUCCAGUCGCCUGGUCCAAAUGAUAAAAGAUUUCCAUAUUAUCCCAAGCUGGACGGAUAUUCCUCUUCCACCAGGCCGUUCCCUGAAUUCCUGUCAGUUCGCUUUUCACAGUAUGUGCCAAGAGCAGCAGCAGCAACAGCAGCAACAACAGCAGCAACAACAGCAGCAACAACAGCAGCAACAACAACAGCAACAGCCACAGAUGUCUGUCCCUGUCAAUCAGGGCCUGGUACCGUUUCCACCGCCCCGUCAUGAGUUAUCUGCACCACCAGCAGUUCAACCCGAGGGUAGUCACAUGCGAAAGCGGCCGCUUUUCCUCUUGGAUAAACCGCCUCUUGCCCCACGCGCUAUCCAGCCUCGGCCAGCUGCCAGUACGGCCUCUUACAGCAGCGAGAGCAGCGCUUCUGCGCUCCUCUCUCCGAGUGUGGAAAGUAUUACGACCAAAGGCGAGCCGCCCCGGAAACGAGGCCGGCCAAGCAAAGCCGAAGCGGAGCGACGCAAGGCAGCUGCCGAGGCUCGAGGCGAAGCAUACCCUCCUCCCCGAAGGUCGGGGUCUCAUAGGCUGAAAGCUCCUUCAACACCAGCCAGCCCGCCAAGGGUUAUGUCUUCAAGCACUUCGUUUACACCUCAGGCGGGUCUCCGGCCCGUGGAAGUCCAGAAUCCGGAGCUGCGCUAUGCACCGCCGCCUGGGAGGCCAGUUACGCUCAUGGUACCCAUCGACCAUGGACGAGCAAGAGGGGUACCGACUCGUGACCCCGGACCGAUACUAAGAGAGCUUCCAAGACCGACCGACCCACGGCAGACUCUUCCUUCACCCCAAGCGUUACAGAUGAGCCACGCAGAGCCGGCGGGGCGAACGGGUCCUGGGGAGCGACCAUUUGAGCCUCGUCCCUCAGAAAGGUUCUCCUUUGGAGACAGCAGUCGACAUAUCCUGACCGAUCCUGCAAGCAGACGGCCAGAAGCGCCCGCAUUGUCUACUCCCGAAGUACCUGCUGCCACCUCAGCCGAAAGAAGAUCCGACUGA